AAUUCCUUCUUCCUCAAUCUAUACAUUAUUCUAGCACAUACCAUGGACCUUCAAAACCUUAUCUCAAUCUUCACCACCUUCCUCUUUCUCUUUAUGCUAUUGAAAAUAGCCAUGAAGAAAUUUAGUUCCUCCAAGGAUAUUACCAAUUUACCCCCAGGACCAAGGAAACUACCCAUAAUAGGAAACAUGCACAACCUUGUAGGAUCAAUGCCGCAUGAAUGCCUAAGAAACUUAGCAUCCAAAUAUGGACCCUUAAUGCACCUUAAACUAGGAGAAGUGUCCCACAUCAUAGUUACAUCACCUGAAAUGGCACAAGAGAUUAUGAAGACUCAAGAUCUCAACUUUUGUGAUAGGCCAAACCUUCUCUUUGCAAGAGUCAUGAAUUACAAUCGAACAGGCAUUGUUUUUGGCCCCUAUGGAGACUAUUGGAGGCGUGUAAGAAAGAUAUGCACCACGGAGUUAUUAACAGCAAAGCGUGUUCAAUCUUUUAGACACAUAAGGGAAGCAGAGGUUUCAGAGUUGGUCAAAGCAAUAUCUCAAAGUGAAGGGUCCAUUUUUAACCUCUCUCACAAUAUUUUAUCAAUGACCUAUGGAAUAGUGGCUAGAACAGCAUUUGGUAAAAAAUAUAGUUACUACGAAGUUUUUAUAUCAUCUUUUGAAGAAGCAUUGCAAAUAGGAGGAGGACAUUGUAUUGCUGAUCUGUAUCCUUCAAUUAGAGUACUUCUUGAAAUGAUGAGUAGAGACAAAACUAAGCUUGAAGAACUGCAUUUAAAGUCGGAUAAGAUAGUACAAGACAUUAUAGAUGAUCAUAAAAAUAAAAAAGGUGGCAAAUGUGAAGAAGAAGUUGAUGAUGAAGAUCUAGUUGAUGUUCUUCUCAAAUUUCAACAAAAAGAUUCUGAAUAUCCUUUGACUAAUGAUAAUAUCAAAUCAGUCAUCCAGGACAUAUUUGUUGGUGGUGGAGAAACAUCCUCAGCGGUUGUGGAAUGGGCAAUGGCUGAAAUGAUAAAGAAACCAAAAAUGAUGGAAGCUGCUCAAGCUGAAGUUAGAAGAGUUUAUGGUAGCAAAGGGUAUGUGGAUGAAUCAGAAUUGCACCAAUUGACAUACCUUAAGUGUAUCAUCAAAGAAACCUUAAGAUUACAUCCAUCUGUGCCAUUGUUACUUCCAAGAGAGAACAGAGAACCAUGCCAAAUCAAAGGGUAUCAAAUUCCAUCCAAUUCUAGAAUUAUUAUCAAUGCUUGGGCAAUUGGAAGAGAUCCAAGGUAUUGGGUUGAUGCCAUGGAAUUUAAGCCUGAGAGGUUUGUUGAUAAUUAUUCAAUUGAGAAUAGAGGCACAAACUUUGAGUUUAUUUCAUUUGGUGGUGGAAGAAGAAUGUGUCCCGGGAUUGCAUUUGCUACACCAAACAUGGAGUUGCCACUUGCUCAAUUGCUUUAUCAUUUUGAUUGGAAGCUUCCCAACGGAAUCAAGAAUGAAGAGCUUGAUAUGAGUGAGUUGUUUGGGAUCACUAUAAGAAGAAGAAACGAUCUCUGCUUGAUUCCCAUUAUUCAUCAUCAACCUAGCCUUAUCUCCAUCUUCACCACCUUCCUCUUUCUCUUAAUGCUAUUGAAAUCAACCAUCAAGAAAUUUAGUUCUUCCAACGAUAUUACCAAUUUACCCCCAGGACCAAGAAAACUACCCAUCAUAGGAAACAUGCACAACUUAGUUGGAUCAAUGCCGCAUGAAUGCCUAAGAAACUUAGCAUCCAAAUAUGGACCUUUAAUGCAUCUUAAACUUGGAGAAGUGUCCCACAUCAUAGUUACAUCACCUGAAAUGGCACAAGAGAUUAUGAAGACUCAAGAUCUCAACUUUUGUGAUAGGCCAAACCCUCUCUUUGCAAGAAUCAUUGCUUACAAUCGCAAAGACAUUGUCUUUGGCCACUAUGGAGAUUAUUGGAGGCACGUACGAAAGAUAUGCACCAUGGAAUUAUUAACAGCAAAGCGUGUUCAAUCUUUUAGGCACAUAAGAGAAACAGAGGUUUCAGAGUUGGUCAAAGCAAUAUCUCAAAGUAAAAAAUAUAGCUAUCAGGAAUUUUUUAUAUCAUCUAUGGAGAAAGCAUUGCAAAUAGGAGGAGAAAAUUGCAUAGCUGAUCUGUAUCCUUCAAUUAGAGUACUGCUUGAAAUGAUAAGUAGAAACAAAGCUAAGCUUGAAGAACUUCAUAUAAAGAUUGAUAAGGUAUUACAAGACAUCAUAGAUGAUCAUAGAAAUAGAAAAGAUGACAAAUGUGAAGAAGAAGGCAAUGAAGAUCUAGUUGAUAUUCUUCUCAAGUUUCAACGAAAAGAUUUUGAAUAUCCCUUGACUGAUGACAACAUCAAAGCAGUCAUCCAGGACAUAUUUGCUGGUGGUGGAGAAACAUCCUCAGCAGUUGUGGAAUGGGCAAUGGCUGAAAUGAUAAAGAAAUCAAAAGUGAUGGAAGCUGCUCAAGCUGAAGUUAGAAGAGUUUAUGGUAGCAAAGGAUAUGUGGAUGAAUCAGAAUUGCACCAAUUGAUAUACCUUAAGUCUAUCAUCAAAGAAACCUUAAGGUUACAUCCAUCUUUGCCAUUGUUAGUUCCUAGAGAGAACAAAGAACCAUGCCAAAUCAAAGGGUAUCAAAUUCCAGCCAAUUCUAGAAUUAUUAUCAAUGCUUGGGCAAUUGGAAGAGAUCCAACGUAUUGGGUUGAUGCCAUGGAAUUUAAGCCUGAGAGGUUUGUUGAUAAUUAUUCAAUUGAUAGUAGAAGCACAAACUUUGAGUUUAUUCCAUUUGGUGGUGGAAGAAGAAUGUGUCCCGGGAUUGCAUUUGCUACACCAAACAUGGAGUUGCCACUUGCUCAACUUCUUUACCAUUUUGAUUGGAAGCUUCCCAAGGGAAUCAAGAAUGAGGAACUUGAUAUGACUGAGUUGUUUGGGAUCACUAUAAGAAGAAGAAAUGAUCUCUGUCUGAUCCCCAUUAUUCAUCAUCAACCUUAACAAUUAAUAUAAAUUAGGUGAAACUCAGGUGCACAGUUAACUUCACAAGUUGAUAGUUGAGAAUCGUUAAAUAAUUUGACAAGUUUAACUAAAUUGUUAUUUAGCAGCUGAGUUUUCAACUAUAAAUUAUCUCUAGCGUGAGAAAAUUAAAGGAGUGAGUUUAUAUAUUAUAUUUUAGAGUAAUUCUCCACAUUCAAGCAAUU